AUGAAUUUACAUGACAAAAGCUGGAAUGAGCAGGUGGUUCGACAGGUAUUUAGCGUGGAUAUUGCAGAUAAAAUACUUCAUACGCCACUUAUCUCUCAGGUUGAGGCAGACAUAGUUAUUUGGAAAGCAGAAAGGCACGGACGCUACUCUGUACGUAGUGCUUACAGGUUGUGUGCCACAGAAUUAAUUGAUUCUUCCUAUUUAUGGCGUCUGGGGUAUUGGUCUGGUAUUUGGAACCUUAAAGUUCCACCGAAGGUGUGGAACAGGACCGGCCUUUGGAGCUCGGUGCAACAUGCACUCAGUCAUACUACUUCAGUUAGCCCAACGUCUGCUGAGUUAGCCCAACGUCUGUCAACUGUCAUGUGGAGCUUAUGGAAACACCGCAAUCUUCGAGUUUGGGACGAUGCCACUGAAACAAGUGUUGUGGUUGUAGAGCGUGCUAAGAAUAUGGUUACAGAUUGGCAGUUGGCAAAUAUUUUGGCUGUUCUCGCAUCCACUUCGCCUCCUCAGCAGGUAUUGGCGACGAACAUGGGGGCCUCUUCCUCGCACCAACACAACAAAGUUUUGUGGCAGCCCCCUACAUCAGGUAGAUACAAGUGUAAUAUCGAUGCGGCCUUAUCUUCUCAUCAUAAUCGUACGGGUAUUGGCAUUUGUGUUCGCGAUUCGGAAGGUAGUUUUGUUCUGGCUAAGUCUAUCACAUAUCCUUGUAUUGUUUCGGUGGAUGUUGGAGAAGCUUUAGGGCUGCACUCUGCUUUGCAAUGGAUGAGUGAUAUGCAGUUUGAUAAUGUGGACUUCGAAACAGACUCUAAAUUAACAGUUGAUGCCUUCCUUGCUACACGGAACGACUUGUCUGAAUUUGGCUCUAUUAUGACUUCUUGUCGUUCUUUGUUUCGUAAUUUAUUUUCUAACUCUAGGGUGGAGUUUGUUAGGCGACAAGCCAACGCAGUUGCUCAUGCUCUUGCACGAGAGGCCACGUCUUUAGCUAGUCCCGCCGUUUAUUAUGAUAUACCCAAUUGUAUUGAAUCUUUGAUGAUUAAUGAAAUGCUCUAA